AUGAUCAAAGAAAUCUCCAACGCCCUUAUUCAAGCCGACGUAAACGUCAACCUAGUACGCCAACUCCGCAAAUCUAUCAAGUCGACAGUGAAUUUCAAAGACCUCUCCCCUGCCGUCAACAAAAAGCGUUUAAUCCAAAAGACCGUCUUCGAUGAGCUCGUCAAACUCGUCGACCCACACGCCGAACCCUUCCGGCCCAAGAAGGGCAAAAGUAGCGUCAUAAUGUUCGUCGGCCUACAAGGCGCCGGCAAAACCACCACAUGUACGAAACUAGCACGACAUUACCAGGCACGCGGCUUCAAGUCCUCACUCGUCUGCGCGGACACCUUUCGAGCCGGGGCUUUCGAUCAACUAAAGCAGAACGCAACGAAAGCGCGAAUACCGUAUUUCGGCAGCUUGACGUCCACGGACCCGGCACAAGUGGCAGGCGAAGGCGUUGCGAAAUUCAAGAAAGAGCGAUUCGAGAUUAUAAUAGUGGAUACGUCGGGGAGACACAGGCAGGAGAAAGAUCUCUUCGAUGAGAUGGUGCAGAUCCAGCAGGCCAUCAAGCCAGAUCAGACCAUCAUGGUGCUCGAUGCGACGAUAGGUCAACAGGCAGAGGCGCAGAGUAAAGCGUUCAAAGACGCUGCAGACUACGGUGCUAUCAUCAUUACGAAGACAGAUGGGCAUGCGUCUGGGGGAGGAGCCAUCUCCGCUGUCGCGGCGACGCACACGCCGAUUGUAUUUCUGGGAACUGGCGAGCAUCAACUAGAUUUAGAACGGUUUGCGCCGCAGCCGUUCAUUUCGAAACUGCUGGGGAUGGGGGAUAUGCAGGGCUUGGUGGAGCACGUACAAGCGCUGAAGCUAGAUAAGGGGGAGACGAUGAAGCAUGUGUUGGAAGGGGUCUUCACAGUCAGAGAUCUGCGGGAUCAGCUGCAGAAUAUCAUGAAAAUGGGCCCUUUGUCGAAAAUGGCGGGGAUGAUACCAGGGUUGAGUAAUAUGAUGGGUGGAAUGGAUGAUGAAGAGGGGAGCAUGAAGAUGAAACGCAUGAUCUAUAUCUGCGAUUCCAUGACGGAUAAGGAGCUGGAUAGUGAUGGGAAGCUGUUUGUGGAGAAGCCAGAGCGGAUGACGAGGGUCGCGAGAGGCAGUGGGACGAGUGUCAGGGAGGUGGAGGAGCUGCUGAGUCAACAGAAGGUCAUGGCAGGGAUGGCCAAGAAGAUGGGAGGUAUGAAUAAGAAUAUGCAGAAAGCACAGGGUAUGAUGGGAGGUGGGAAUCGGCAGCAGCAGAUGGCUGCUAUGCAGAAGAGAAUGCAGAGUAUGGGCCGAGGAGGCGGGGGCGGAAUGCCUGGGAUGCCGGGUAUGCCUAACAUGGGUGGUGGUGGGAUGCCCGAUAUGGCUUCAAUGAUGAAGAUGAUGGGCAAUAUAGGGGGUGGAGGUGGCGGCGGCGGAGGGGCAGGUGGAGGAAUGCCUGAUAUGGCAUCUAUGAUGAACAUGCUUGGGGGAAUGGGCGGCGCUGCCGGCGCCGGCGGUAGCGGCGGAGGGCGAGGUGCGAGAAGGUAG